CUACGCAGUUUCCAGACGAAAACAACGGUUCCAAAGUGCACAGUUAUUUCCUACCCACUGCAGCGGCCGGGCGCGGACGGUUUUCCGCGUAAACACUGAAGGGUCAACGACAUGGCUCUCAAGGGAUUAAAGGUUGUCGAGUUCGUCGGGUUAGCGCCGGGACCGUUUUGUGGCAUGCUGCUGUCGGAUUUCGGUGCCACCGUUACGCGGAUUGAUAUGAACCCACGGAACUCCAUCGAUGUACUGCAGGGUGGAAAACGAUCGCUUGCUCUUAACCUGAAGCAACCGAAAGCGAUCGACGUGGUGCGCUCGCUGUGCCGUGGGUCGGAUGUGCUGAUAGAACCGUUUCGUCCGGGCGUGAUGGAAAAGUUCGGUCUCGGGCCUACCGUGCUUUUAAAGGACAAUCCCCGGCUCAUAUACGCACGGCUGACCGGUUUCGGACAGACCGGUACACAUGCGGUUCGUGCUGGACACGAUCUGAACUAUGUCGCCCUGUCCGGGGUGCUUUCGAUGCUGGGCCGCAAAACGAACAAACCCACGGCACCGAUUAACUUGGUGGCCGAUUUUGCUGGUGGUGGGCUGAUGUGUGCGUUUGGCAUUUUAGCGGCAAUCGUCGAGAGGCACCGGUCCGGCAAGGGCCAGAUUAUCGAUCACGCGAUGGUGGAAGGUGCUGCCUACGUUGGUAGCUGGCUAUUCCGGUCUCAAACCUUACCGAUUUGGGGUAAUCCGCGGGGGGAGAAUAUCAUCGAUGGUGGAGCCCAUUUUUACGAUACGUAUGAAACGAAGGAUGGCAAAUUUCUGUCCGUCGGUGCGAUCGAGAACAAAUUCUACCGUUUGCUGCUGGAAGGGCUAGGGUUAGAUCCGGACCUGUCCCAGCUAGACGAUGAUGAAGAACGAAGGAAACUUUUCGAAACCACAUUUAAGACGAAAACGCGUGAUGAAUGGAUGGAAAUAUUUGGCGAGAAGGAUGCCUGUGUCUUUCCGGUGCUAACACCAGACGAAGUAGAAUCGUACCAACACAAUCGGGAGCGUGACGUGUUUGUGGAUUAUCAGCGCAAAGAGGAUGAGGUGUUGGUUCCAACGCCAGCACCAAAACUAAGCCGAACGCCGGCCCGUUCCGGAGUGACCGUGAAGGAACGAGGUGAGUUGGAAAUGGCCGAAGAGAUACUGGGCGAAAUUGGCGUUGAGCGUCAGGAACUUGUCCGACUGUACGAGGAAGGCGUUUUACUGCUUUCCAACAAACCAAAGAUGUGAUAGUGUAAUACUUUUGUACAACUUUACGGCCAUAGACACAAGUUUAAUUUUUCGGGGAUAGUUAUUUGGUUCGGGGUUUUUUUUUAUCUGUUAUUGAAAAUAAAUACUAAAACAAUCGUACAACA